AUGCUGGCUAAGUUUUGCCGGCUGAACCACACUUUCCACGUGCCUGUCUACAAAGAUGGGCCAGAUUGGUUCAGCUUUUGGACGCAUGCUCUGGGCUUCGUGCUCAGUCUGAUAGGCCUCCUGUUGUUAGUGUUGAAAGCAUCUACGCCCAUUUCGCAGUUUUCAUGCGGUUUGUAUGGCUGCUGCAUGUGCGUUCUCUUCUUUGCCAGCGCUCUCCAUCACAUGGUCAAGAGGCCUGCGGGGAGAGAGAUGUCGGAUCUCCUUCGUCGCUUCGAUCACAUCUCGAUCUAUCUUUUCAUCGCAGGGAGCUAUGUCUUCCAGGGAUGGAUCUGUCUUUUCUUGUGGACCCCUCUCCACCAGGCCUUCUCCCCAGACGAGAUUCACUACUUAGUCGCGGGCGGCCUCCUUUACACUCUUGGCGCUUUCGUCUAUGCCACCAAGUUCCCCGAUCCCUUGCCCAACGUGGUUGGCUUUCAUGGUCUGUGGCACCUCUUCGUGCUCCUGGGAGCUUCGCAACACUUCUGGUUCAUCUACAAAUUUGUAGCCUAA